AGGGCCAAAGAUCAAACAGACAAAAAUAAGAAUGUUUGUUGUACCAGAUGCGAGUCGUGGUGAUAUUUUCAUCAAGGUGUAGGCUAAUCGAGCAAAGGAACCACAGACAAACGACAGGAAGAACUGUCCUAGGGUAAAUAUGUCUCUGUCAAAUGCAUUACAUGUUGUCAAAGAACUUUUGUGGGAUAGCACACCAACUGGUUAUGGAGACAUUAAAACAUUAGCACCAAUGGUUGCAGGGGAUUCCUCAGAUGAUGAAUCAGAAGAUGAAAACAAUGGAACUGAUUGGGGUCCACCAACUAGUGUUUUUGUUGGCAGUGAAUUAGGUACACCGUCUCCUUCCUCACCUGUUUCACAUCAAUCUCAACAUGCUCCUGUACCUGGAGGACCAUUCUCAGCGUUAAUAUCAAGCAUGUGGCCACAGGACAUUCUAGGACAAAUCCAACAGACAGAGGAUUCAGGUGUACAUCCUGAAUGUGAUUAUGAUGAGUUCGGAUUUAGAAUAGACAGAAGUGGGGAUACUGAAGACCCAGAUCCAUGUUCUUAUGCAACGUCAGAAGAUCCUUCAUUGAAAUUAAAAUGGGUUGCCUACAUAGAAUCAACUCAAAAGAAAUUUGUUGGUGAUCUGACAUGGGAUGUGGUGUCAGAUUGUCUGGAAAGGACAGAUAAAUUAACCGAGCUAAUAUAUGCAGGAAUACCACACAGCAUGCGUGUAUAUUUAUGGCCAAGGCUUGCAGGUGCUUUUCGUAAGAAAAGAGAAGCUGAUAUGUCUUACAAGAAAAUCACAAAGAAGUCACAAUGUGACAACACUUUAAUAUCAAGUCAAAUUGAAAAGGACUUAUGUCGAACAAUGCCAAGUAAUGCGUGUUUUCAAAACAUGGACAGCAUUGGUGUAAAGAAACUUCAAAGAAUACUACAGGGAAUUGCUUGGUUGUAUCCAGAUAUUGGUUACUGUCAAGGAAUGGGAAUGAUAGCAGCUUCUUUACUUCUGUUUCUUGAAGAAGAGACUACUUUUUGGAUGAUGGUUUCUAUAAUUGAGGAUCUUCUUCCAACUUCAUAUUAUUCAGUGACACUUAUUGGUGUGCAGGUUGAUCAGCGUGUCUUGCGUCAACUGAUUGCAAAUUAUAUUCCAUCUGUUGAUGAGAUGAUGAAAGAACACGAUAUAGAACUUUCAUUGAUAACUUUACAUUGGUUCCUUACUGCAAUGGCAAGUGUAUUGCAGCACCAGGUUUUGUUGCGCGCUUGGGAUAUAUUCUUCUAUGAAGGAUCAAUCGCAUUAUUUAAGUUAACACUAGGCAUGAUAAAGUACAAGGAAAAAUCUCUAUUGACCAUGGAAAACUCGGCUCAGAUAUUCAACCUUUUAUCUGAUUUACCUGGUGAAAUAUCUGACUUUUCGGAGUUGCUAAAGAAUGCUAACAAGGCUUCUGCUUCACUGACAAAUGUUAUACUCGACACGCAUCGGAAGAAGCACUUUGCAUACUUGCUGGCUGAAGCAAGCAAUCAACAAGAAAAUAAUAACAUUCCAACACCUAUUCAAAGACGUACACAUUUGCCAUUGAAAAAGUCCUGGUUACAUCUUGCGUAUGAGAUUGGUUCAUCGUUGUAUGAAAACAAUAUGCUGCUGUGUGGAACAUCUCGUAAAAAACGCAACCAUGCUGUAACGAUGAAAGCAAAAAACGUUCUUCAAACAGAAAUCGUUUCCGACUUGAGAGAAUCGAUUUUACUUCUAGCAAGACAUUUUAAUUAUAAAGGAACAAAAGCAGAUUUGAUCCCAGACUAUUCUGCCGAUUCUCAUACAGUUGAUUACGAAAAUUAUGUUAACAUUGCAAGAACCAAACAGCGAAGAGCAAAGGCAUUGAUUGAUUUUGAAAGACACGAAGAUGACGAGCUCGGCUUUCGUAAAAAUGAUCUGAUUACUAUCAUUUCUCAAAAGGAUGAGCAUUGCUGGAUAGGAGAACUCAACGGACUAAGGGGCUGGUUUCCUGCUAAAUUUGUUGAAGUUUUGGAUGAGCGUAGUAAGGAGUAUGCUUCUGCUGGAGAUGAUACUGUUUCAGAAGCUGUCAAUGAUCUAGUGAGAGGAAAGCUGUAUCACGCUUUGCGUCGCGUUCUGGAGCAUGGUUUAAAACAUUCAACUUUACACGGUCAUCUGCACCCUUGGAUGUGCAUUGAAGAGGUCAGCAAGCAAACAGUGUUGAAAGAUUUCCAGUCUGUGUAUUCAAGAUUGGUACUGUGCAAAACCUACAAACUUGAUGAAGAUGGUAAAGUUUUAGCACCGGAGGAACUCUUAUACCGGGCCGUGCAAGCAAUUAAUACAAGUCAUGAUGAAAUCAAAGCCGAUAUGGAUGUUAAACUUCGAUCGCUGAUUUGUUAUGGAUUAAAUGAACAAGCACUUCAUCUAUGGUUUGAGUUAAUUUGUUCUUGCCAUGAUGUUUUAAGCCGAUGGUACUAUCCGUUUUCUUACAUGCGCAGUCCUGGUUGGAUCCAAAUCAAAUGUGAGUUACGCGUGUUGGUACAAUUUUCAUUCAAUUUAUCGAUUAAUUACGAAAUCAAAAAAGCUGAAAUGAAUGCUUCGAACAUGAAAGAAGAUGUACAAGACAUGUUAGUGAAACACCACUUAUUUAGUUGGGACAUCUAAUUUAUCAUAUCUCAGAACAGAUUCUUCGUAUCGACGCCCCCGUACGUGUUAUCUCCCACGAAGUUUCUUGCAGGAAGUACAAGAAUAAGCGUUUUACCAGUUCGUGGCCUUCACGUACCACACGAUAUCAAGGAAUCAAUACAACAAUUUCACGUCACCUAUCGUCUUACUCACAGUACUGGUGCGAACACACCUCCGUGUGCAUCUCUUCGUACAGCUUAUAAAAACCACAAGACCUAAUAGAAAAACACAAAUUCAAUUAUUUGCAAACAAAUUAAAAUAUAUGUAAAAUCUUCUGGGUAAUUUCAUAAAUUGUUGUGGUUUGGUUUAUUUAUUUUGUAUAUACACGCACUCAAUUAUUUUUUACCUCGAUAAUUCAAUUUCUUUUUAAAUAUUGUCUCGAUAAUCAAUAACAAUUUAACGCGAUUUUUUAAGACUUCAGAAAUUGACGUCCAGAUUCAAAUUUUACGUUUUCAUCAUAUUAUUGCGAAAAUUUAAAACAGCAUUUUUAUUUUUUAUUUUAUAUUUUUUUUUUCGGAUUUCGACAAUAUUAUUUAUUUUUGUAAAUAUUGGGUUUAUUUAUACUUUUCUGUAUAUAAGCAUUUAUGGUGAUGAAUUUUUCUCGGAGACCCUUAUUUUGAUUUUUACUAAAUUGUGAAAUUAUUGAGAAAACAAUGCGCUUGCUUCGGAGUAAUAAAUCGUAAAUAGCAUAUUUGAAUUUCCACAAAAAUAUCCAAUCAAAUUAAAGUAUUAUUCUUGUUCGGUUUCAACCCGUUCCAUUUUUGAGUGGAAAUUUACCUUCGAAAAUUCAAACUAAAAUCUAAAAUAUCAUUGCAUAUUUUUUAUUUUCGUUUGCCGUAUGUUACGACAUUCGCGCCAAAUCAAUGAAGCCUGAUUGUCCGUGCCUUAUAUUCAGAUCACAGAACAGAUGCAUGUUAUUAGUUAUUUUGCGAAAAACUUAAUUUUUGUAAGUAAAUUAGAUUUGUAUAAACUUUUGUAUGCAAUAACACGAGAUGCAAACUAAAGUUUUUUUCCUUU